AUGAGCACCAUCGGUCAGUGCUUCCGAUAUGAACGAACAACCAGCUGCAGGAAGAGGGAGCACUACCAAUGGAAUAUGGAUAUUAUAGGGACGGACCUCAUAGAUGCAGAUGUAGAAAUUCUAACCGUCUUAGUCUCCUUCUUCCGCCGAGUCCACCUACUCCCCAGCGACGUAGUCAUUAAAAUAAAUGACAAGCGAAUUGUCCUCCAAAUGAUAAAAAAAAUAUUCAAGACAUCCCUAAGUGAGUUCUCACAACCCUACAUACAACACCAUGUGAUUCCAAAUAUACUGCACAUUUUAGACAAAUAUAAAAAAAUAACAAGUGCUACCUUUAAGUGUUUUCUCCAAAGGAAGAUGCCUUACUUGCACAAACAUGAAGUGAUUAAUUUCUUCAGCGUCAUUGAAAAAAUACAAAGCUUAACUGACUUGGCAAUAUUUUUUAAUUCCCCAGAAAAGGGGGGCAUUCUUUCCGAUUUACACACUGUACUCAGUUAUUUUGAGGAGAUGAAUUUAAACCGUUACUUCGAGAUCGACUUAACUGUUGUUAGGGGAAUGGAAUACUACACUAAUAUCAUUUUUGAGAGUUUCUACAGGCACAGAAAGUACAGAGCAAUAUGUGGGGGGGGGAGAUAUAGGUAUGUUCUUAACGAUGGCCAGCGUGUGUGUGCAGUGGGUUUUGGGAUGGGAGACGUUGUCAUCACGGAGAUUCUAUUCAACAGCCAAGCGCGCCAUGGGCGGAGCGCCUCGGGAGACUUAGCCGACGAGCUCUCCAAAAACGUCGACGUGGUUAGCUUUUCUCCCCCGCUGGUCCAGCAGGCGGAGCGUCAGGCGGAGUGUGAAGCGAAGUGUCAGGCGGAGAGUCAGGCGGAGUGUCAAGCGGAGUGUCAGGCGGAGAGUCAGGCGGAGAGUCAGGCGGAGAGUCAGGCGGAGUGUCAAGCGGAGCGACGUGCAGAACAGCGUACAGAGCACCGCACAGAGAGGCAACCGUGGCAGAAACAUAUUGGCCACCCCCCCCGCAGCCUCAUACAGAGGGAACACUUCCACAUAGUGGACACUCUGCGCAGAAACGGCGUGCGCGUGUACUCCCUCCUCCAGGGCGGCAGCAACAGCAGCCUUUCGAAGGCUUUGAAGAAGGCCAACUCCCUGCGCGCAAAUUUUUUUUUCUUCUUCGAUGAGCACACUGGAGUGUUCUUCCUGAAGGAUUUGAGAACGGGGGGGCAGCGCGCGGUGACGUCGGCGGACGUCCUGUCGGUCUACUCAUCGGGGGUUUCGCUGCCACCCCAAGAACAGGACCCAACAAAGGACGAACACGGCGGGGAUGGCAGUGGUGACCCCGCCGGCGGCGCAUUUGCCACGGGCGAAGCUGAAGAAACACCCCACGACGUGGACCUCGAGACGCAGGUGCAGAGAGCCACGAGGGAAAACAAAGUCUUCCUGAAGUACGACUACACUCGGGAGAAGCCAUGGGCUCACCACGCAGAUAAGAGCAUGUGGUUUAAUUACAACUUCGACGAGCAUUCCUUCAAGGAGUGGGUUCAGAAACAUAUCGACAAGCGGAUCGAGAAGCAACAGAACUACCAAAUUGAAAAUGCCGAUAAUAUAUAUGAGGAUAAAUUCAGAGCUACUGUUAGGACCCCUCGAAAUUUCGAAGACACAUAUCGCAGGGGGCAUAGCGACUAUAAUGAACAGAACUACGAUGACGAUGCCUCGAGGCGUAACCCAAAGGGAGCAAAGAACAACACAGCGAUGAAAGCAGGUAAUUCCAAGAGGGGGGGGUUAAGUAAUAACUACGUCCUGCAAAGAGGUAACAACACUCUGUUGGAACCCCACGAGGAGAGCAGCUUCGGUUUUCAACCCCUUAGCGAAGAGGACAACUACUUGGAGGGGCGCAGCAGGAAGAUGCCCCCCGAGAAAGCACCUAAAUCGUCGAAAGCAACGAAAGCAACGAACGCAUCGAACGCAUCGAAUAGAACGGGGGAGAUGGCACAAAAUGGAGGAGGGACCCACGGGGAGGGAGGUCACUCCGUUCAGGGCGAAGACCUCACGCAGUUUCAGAAUUUAGUUAAUUUUUUUAAGUUGAACCCGGAGGUAUAG